GGUUCAACCACAGAGGGGCCGCAGGCAGUUUAGGACUGCCUGCAGGCUGUCCUUGUGGGGCGCAGGGCUGCGCGGGGGCAGUGGGGUAGCACGCGCGCGCUCGCGGCGCAGGCGCGCGGCCGAGCGGCAUGGCGUGGCCCUGCAUCAGCCGGCUGUGCUGCCUGGCCCGGCGCUGGAACCAGCUGGACCGCUCGGACGUAGCGGUGCCGUUGACUCUGCACGGUUACUCCGACCCCGGGAGCGAGGAGCCGGGCGGGGACUGCAGCGUCUCGCGCGGGAGCCCGUCGGUCGCAGGCGUGCGGGAGCCCGGCCGCGACGUGCCGCUCACCCAGUACCAGCGCGAUUUCGGGGUGCGAACUGCGCGAGCGGGGUCCCGGGAUGCGGCUCAAGAGCGCGCACCGGUGCCGGGCGGCCGCAGGGGCCAGUCCUCGGCGCCCCUCACCCGGACGGUCUACGUGCUGCCGGUCGGGGACGCGGACGCAGCCGUAGUAGCGACCACGUCUUAUAGACAGGAAUUCCAAGCUUGGACUGGAGUGAAGCCCUCAAGAUGCACAAAGGCCAGAGCAGCCAGAGUCACCACAACUCACAGCUCCAGAUGGGACCCCAGCCCUGGGGCCAGCCUCCAGGUCCCAGAGGUGAGGAAAUUCACACGUAAUCCCUCAGCCAUCUUUCAGACAUCAGCUCCUCAGACUCUCAAUGUGUGACCAGUGGGAACCAUGGCUGGGAAAGCUGGGCACGGCCAGACCUACUAGGCAGAGUCCUGGCCUGGUCUUUUGCUUACCGGAGCAGUGUGGCUGCUGGGUCUGGGUAUGGUAUGGUGUGGAGGCAGAGGGACAGGACACCACCAGCUGCACUCAGCCUCCCUAUCUGUCCUCCAGUGGUGGCAGGGAGACUUUAUCUUCUAAAUUGCCACUUGACAUCCUUCAGUUUUUAAAUCUGAUGAUCAAUUCAACUGUGACCUGAACUGCUCCAGACCUAGAAAUGUGCACACUAUCACACCCUUGGUAGGUCAGGUUCACACCGUGGACGGUUUCCCCAAGAUGCAUGCUAUUAUUUAUUUUAUUGAUGACUCCCAGGCAGUGUCAUCUUUUUGCAGCUUACUAUUAAGAAAUUUAGCCCAGCAUUGGAGGGAGACAAAGGCUGACCUCUGUGAGCCUAAGGCCAGCCUGGUGGUCUACAGAGCAAGUGACAAGACAGCCAGAGCUACACAGAGAAACCCAGCUGUAAAACAGAUGCGGGGGAGGGGAAUGGGGGAUCAAUCUUAGGUUGCCAGCACUCCAGAGGCAGAGGCAGAAGGAUCUCUGAACUCAAUGCCUUCCUGGUCUACAUACCAAGUUCAAGGAGAGCCAGGGCUGCACACCCUACAUCAAAACAACAAAAACCUUUAGGGGUUUGUGUGUGUAUGUGUGUGUGUGUGUUUUAAUAUAUAAUCACUUGCAUACAGCUCUCAUGGUAGUGAUAUGUAGCCAAGGAGAUCAUCCAUGUCUUCGAUCUCAGACAUGUAAUUUCUUUAUAGCUAAGAAAACAAUUCCUAGGAUGAGUGGAACGUUGAAAGCACAAAAGGCAUUCACCUGUGUUUCUAGAGGCUGAACCCCGUUCACUGAUUUUGGUUGUCUCCCCUCAACACAAGGACUAGCAGGGACUGCCCUGCAUACCCAUGAGGAGCCGGCAGCGUGUCUUGAGAGCACCUCCUAUAGAACUUUAGGCCCCCAACUCCGGUUAGCUACUCACUCUCUACCCUGCUAAGUCAUCCGGUCUUUGGAAAACUCCAGCCAGCCCAUGUCUGUAUGGAACAACCCCAUUUCCCUUUGCACAACUGGAAAGAACCUAUGUCUGAGAGGUUUGGAGUGUUUGGUAAGAACUGUAAGGAUUUCCUUUUCUUCCCAGGCUCUCCCCAUGGGAGAGGCUCAUGUUUCAAAGGAAGCAGCUCAGACCUCCCACACAGCAGCCCCUCAGAGGUGCUAGCAGGCCCAUCCUCCCUCUUACCAGCCCAGGAAAUUCUGUUGUUUCUAAAGGGCAAAUAGAAACCAUAUGCAUACAUCAAGGAUCCUGUUACUCUAGAUUUGUCAGUUUGCAUGCUCAGUGUUCCUAAGAGGGAAAAGAUUGUCGGCUGGGCGGAUUAACAAUGUACUAGAAUGUGCGGCAGCCACUUGGUACAAACGCAGGCAUCUUCUUUCCUAUCCCUGUGGGCUCUCAACAACCAGAACAGUGCAACUGCGCUAAUAUCCUUGAAGCUUGUGAACUCCAAACCCUUCUUGUUCAGGGCUGCAGAUACCUCCAGUGUUGCGGUGUUACCUUCUUCCCGCUUCAGCUCUCCUGCAUCUUAAGUGUGCCACUGCUGCUCCCUCACUAGCAGGGACGGUGGCCACUCCCACUCCUGCACUUGCAAGUGAGGCUGCUAUCCGCUCAAACCUGCUGACCUGCUAGAACAUCCACAGUAAAGCAGCCAAGCAUGGCCCCUCAAGUGUCCUUUCCCAUUUAACUCCUCCAGGCACCUCGUGGUGCUGCUGUAGCCACUGGCAUGCCCCAGCCAAGAGCCUCCAGCUGUACACUGCUAGUGACCACACCACAUGCCCAGCAGCCCCCAGCCCCUGCAUUCACUCUUGGUGUAGAGAUGCAUGACCUAAGCAGUGUGCCACAUAGCUUGUUUCACCAGUCCUCAUGAGAAAUGAAAACCUGCUCUCAGGAAGUCCCUCCUCAUUGCAGAUCUGAGUAUGGCCACACGGUGGUUUCACAAGCAGCCCAAGAAGCAACCAAGACCCAUGUUAGCCUUGUUCGCCUAGUCCUGAGUCCACUUUAAACACAGUAUGCGCAAAGACCAGAAAAAUACACUGGAGGAUGAGCAGGGCUCAUCUUUGAGAAGGAGUGUGUAUAUGUAGGUACAUAUGUGUGUAUUCCUAUAUGUAUGGGGAUGUGUGUUCAUGUAUGUACAGGUACAUGUGUAGACGACAUGAAUACUCAAGUAUUCUUCAGGUACCCUUCACUUUUCUCACUGGCCCGGAGCUCGCCAGGUAGGUUAGGCUGGCGAAUAGCAAGGUUCAAGUGAUCUGCCCGCCUCUGCCUCUCCAGCGCUCAGAUUCCAAGUGUGCACCACCAUGCCUGCCUUCUAUGUGGGUUCUGGCGACUGAACUCAGGUACUGCAUGCACUUCAACUGAGCCAUCGCAGCCCAAAUUUUUAAAAAUACUUUAUCAUACCUGCUAAAAUUCCUAUAAACUUAAUAACUUUUAUAUUCUGUAAGUUUUGAAAAAAU